AUGACAAAGACAUUAGAAUUCUUUGAGUUGAAUACAGGGGCCAGGAUCCCUUCACUUGGGUUUGGCACCUUUAUUACUGAUCCUCGUGUGAAUAUUGCAAAAACUCUCACCACUGCGAUUCAGGUUGGAUACAGGCAUUUUGAUUGUGCACACAGGUUUAGCAAUCAAGCAGAGAUUGGUCGUGCUCUCAAAAAAAAAUUUGAUGAUGGAUUGGUAAAGCGUGAAGACCUAUGGAUCACAUCCAAAUUAUGGUGCUCAGAUCAUGCCCCUGAAGAUGUGCCAAAGGCAAUGGAUAGAACUUUACAGGAAUUGCAACUUGACUACGUAGAUCUCUAUCUAAUACACGCUCCAUUCAGCAUGAAGAAGGGAUCAAUUGGAACAAAGCCUGAAGAUUUUACAAUACCAAACUUAGCCAACACAUGGAAAGCAAUGGAGGCAUUAUAUGAUUCUGGAAAGGCUAGAGCUAUAGGAGUAAGCAAUUUCUCUUCAAAGAAGCUUCUAGAUCUAUUGAACAUAGCAAGAAUCACUCCUGCUGUUCACCAAGUGGAAUUGCACCCUGGAUGGCAACAACCCAACUUGCAUGCAUUAUGUCAAUCUAAAGGAAUUCAUCACUCUGUAAGUUUAGUUACCAAAAUUUACACAUACAUGUUGAACUCAUAUUGUUGA